GAAAACAAGGACCUGGAAGAACUAGACACAGAGGUAAAUAAAACUGUGAAUUUCCCCUUUCCUUUUGAACCAUACGCUGUUCAAAAAGAUUUCAUGAGUAAGCUUUACGAAACUUUAGAGAAGGCGAAAAUAGGCAUUUUCGAAAGCCCAACAGGAACAGGAAAGUCCUUGAGUUUGAUUUGUGGAGCUAUAACAUGGUUAAAAAAUUUUGAGAACAAAAAGAAAAGUGAGCUCAAGAAACUUUUAGAUACAGCUGAGAAAUCCAUAAAUACUUCAGCUUCUAAAUCUGGUGGUGGUGUGUAUGAACAAAACAGGGAGCAAAUACCUGAUUGGUUUCUUGAACAUUCAAAGAAAAAAGAAGAAAAUGAAAAAAUUAAACAAGCCAGAAAAGAACUUAACAUACUUGAGACUCAAGAAAAUAGAGUUAUAAACAUGAGGAGAAAAGUUAAAAGAAAAAGGGAUAAUACUGAAGAUGAUCCUGUUUUUGAUGAACUUUUCAAAAAUGCGAAACAUAUCAAAGAAGCUGUAAAGCAAGAACUGAAAGAAAAAGAAAAUGGUGACAUAAGUGAAGUAGAUGAUGAUGAUGAUUUAAUAACUGAAUAUAUUAGUGAUGAUGAUGAUGAUUCUAGAAGUGGAAAAAAUGAAUAUAUUGAGGAAGAAGAGAGUGAAAAAACUAAAAUGUUGAAAAUAUUUUACUGUAGCAGGACACACUCCCAACUUUCUCAGUUUGUUAAAGAAAUUCAGAGAAGUUCAUAUUCCAGUGUUACUUGUGUGGUGUCACUUGGCUCAAGACAGAAUCUUUGCAUCAAUGAGACAGUACAAAAACUUAAUAACUUAACAUUGAUAAAUGAAAAAUGUCUUGAUCUUCAGAAAAACAAGAGAGAUGGUAAGAUCCUGAAGGAACUAAAAGAGAAUAAACAGGCACAUAAAAGAAGUGGCUGUCCAUAUUAUCGAAACAAUACAAUUGAAGAUAUGAGAGAUCAUCUAUUAGUAGAUAUUAAAGACAUUGAACAAUCCAUUGAACUUGGAAGAAAACUAAAAUCCUGUCCAUACUACAGCAGUCGUUAUGCAGUGUCCGAUGCAGAAGUUGUUGUUUUACCAUAUCAAGUGCUCUUACAUAAAUCAACAAGAGAGGCUUGUGGCAUUGAAUUAAAAGGAAAUAUAGUUAUCAUUGAUGAAGCUCACAAUUUACUGGAGACUAUCAACAACAUACACAGUGUUAUUCUAAGUGGCAUGCAUCUGUCACAUGCUUAUGCUCAGCUAAAUCACUAUCUACAGCGAUAUUACUCUCGUCUUAAUCCAAAGAAUCUCAUGUAUGUUAAACAAGUGCUCUUUAUCAUGAAUGCUUUCAUCAAGCAGAUUGGUGGCACAUUAGGCAAGUUGUCUGAAGAAAAGAAGUAUAAAGGAGAUCCCGAUGUGAAAGUCUACCAUACAAAUGACUUUUUAUCCAUUGCUGGGGUUGACAACAUCAAUCUUUUCAAACUGCUUAGUUUUUGUAACAAAAGUCAAAUUGCUCAGAAGUUGCAUGGGUUUUCUGGAAAGUACCAAGUACAGGUUAAAGAAAAACAGUCUGAAGUUAAAAAAAAUAUGUCUUCCCUUAGUGAUUUUUUAUCGAAGCUCUCUGGCAAGCCACAAAUUUCACAAGAAACUUCAAACCAAGAGGAGAUUUUAAUUUCUUCUCCUCUCUUUCAGGUUCAGGGAUUUUUACAGGCACUUACAAAUCCAAAUAAAGAUGGAAGAGUUAUUUGCAUUAAACAAAAUACUAUUCAGAAAUCCUCAUUAAAAUUUUUGCUGUUAAAUCCAGCUGUUCAGUUUAGAGAUAUUGUACAAGAAUCAAGGUCAGUCAUUUUGGCAGGUGGAACAAUGGAACCAGUUUCUGAAGUUGUUAACCAGCUUUUCUUACCUUGUGGUGUAUCACCUGAGAGAGUUACUCAUUUCUCUUGUGGCCAUGUUAUUCCACCAGAAAAUUUACUGUCUAUUGCAUUAUCUCAUGGACCCAGUGGUAAGCAACUUGACUUUACCUAUCAGUCUCGUGAGCUCCCUUUUGUUAUGGAAGAACUUGGAAGAGUGUUGGUUAAUAUUUGUACUAUAAUUCCUGGUGGUCUAGUGUGUUUUUUUCCUUCUUAUGAGUAUGAGCAACGCUUGUACAACUACUGGGAGAAAAAUGGAACCAUAGCAAAACUUAACAUCAAGAAGACGGUAUUUCGAGAACCAAAACAGGCAUGUCAAGUUGAUAAAAUUCUCCAGAGCUAUACCAAAUGCAUUAGUCAAUCCAAUAGUAACCCAUCUUUCUACACACUUAGUGGUGCUAUAUUGUUUAGUGUGGUAGGAGGGAAAAUGAGUGAAGGAAUUAAUUUCUCAGAUGACCUUGGAAGAUGUGUUGUUAUGAUUGGCCUCCCAUAUCCAAAUAUCAAGUCUCCAGAACUACAAGAGAAGAUAAACUAUCUGAACAAGUUUGCAUCUACCUGUGACGGAAAGCCAGCGGGAGAAGUUCACUAUGAGAAUAUCUGUAUGAAAGCUGUUAAUCAAUCCAUUGGACGUGCUAUUCGACACAAAAAUGACUUUGCUACCAUCCUCCUACUUGAUGCACGUUACAAUCGUGUUUCUGUAAAGUCAGCUCUUCCGAAAUGGAUUAGUAAUGACUUGCAAACUUUUCACAAGUUUGGGACAGCAUUCCAAAGUAUUAGACAAUUUUUUCUUCGAAAGAAGAAAUGA